AACAAAGUUUGGGCCCAAAUUUUUUAGAAUCCAUUAAAGGCCUAUUAGGGUUUGAUGAGUAUAUAGCAGUAUCCUUUACCUUCUCAGAGAUCUCUGUACAUUGAAGGAGACGAACAAACAUGGUGCACGUCUCUUUUUAUCGCAACUAUGGGAAGACCUUUAAGAAGCCACGAAGGCCUUAUGAGAAGGAGCGAUUGGAUGCAGAAUUGAAGCUUGUAGGAGAGUAUGGACUAAGGUGCAAGAGGGAGCUUUGGAGAGUUCAGUAUGCUUUGAGCCGUAUCAGGAAUGCUGCUAGAAUGCUUCUGACAUUGGAUGAGAAGGAUCCACGUCGUAUUUUUGAAGGUGAAGCUCUCUUGAGGAGGAUGAACAGGUAUGGGUUGUUGGAUGAGAGCCAAAACAAGCUCGAUUAUGUCUUGGCACUCACCGUGGAGAACUUUCUUGAGCGUCGUCUCCAAACACUAGUGUUCAAGACCGGCAUGGCUAAGUCAAUUCAUCAUGCCAGAGUGCUCAUCAGGCAAAGGCAUAUCAGAGUUGGUAGGCAGGUGGUGAAUGUUGCUUCUUUUAUGGUGAGAGUAGACUCCCAGAAGCACAUUGACUUCUCUCUCACUAGUCCAUUUGGCGGUGGGCGUCCUGGAAGAGUGAAGCGAAAGAACCAAAAGUCUGCUGCCAAGAAGGCUGCUGGUGGUGAUGGUGAUGAAGAGGAUGAAGAAUGAUCAACUAUCUUAGUGUUUGGUCUAUUUGGCUUGUAGUUCUGACCUAUCUUUUUUUUCUGCUAUUUGUGGUUUACCUUCAUGUAGUAGUAAAGAAAUAUUAAACAGAAGUUUCUAAAUCUUGGAUUUUGCACUGUUUUAAGAGUUUUGACUAAAUCUGUCUUA